AUGCGACGAACGCAGGACUGUGAGCUGACGGCUAACCCCAUCACCUGCUUCGAUGAGUGCAGCCGAGCUAUGAAGGAGAAAAUCCGUGACUACUUCACCAAGUGGUCAAAGCAUUUCAGGGAGAAUCCUCGUCGCCUCACGGAUGCAGAACUCAGGCGUUUGGCUGAUGGAUUGGUUUUCCGGGGAUGGACGAGCGCCGAAUCGCUGCCUCCCAUCAAGUUCCACGGCCCUAAGCUGGAUUCCAACAGGAUUCAAGUCGGCCGCUUCAUCAAGGACUUGCCCGAUCCGAAGAAGGCUCGCACAAUAUUCCAGGAUGACCGGGAGAAUGGUCUCUUCAAUUUCCUGGGAAAGCCCUCGGACUACGUUGUCCCUCGAGAUCGCAAGGCUGGAGAGGCUGCCUACAUGAGGGCUCGCCUUGACUAG